CUUGUUUAAUCUGGAUUCCUUCACCUUGUUCGUUGUUUAGUUUAAUUUUUCCUUGUUAAAUUUGUAGUAGAAUUAGAAGUCUAUAUAAAGGGAGCAAGUUUACCCUUAGUAAGAGAGAGAUCUGACUUUUACGGAGGCGAAAAGGAGAGACGAUUGCGGAAGUCCUAGAGUUAUCGCAAUCCAUGCCGGCGGUGCCUACACCGCUGGCCGGGGCAGGAGGCUCCGACAGCCUCAUGACUACAGAAACUGUUGCAGGACAACGCAGGCCCCCAACUGAAUCAUCCUCUCCAAAUCCAAAAGGAGCAAGAGAGGCGCAACAGACAAAGAAACGAGCAAAGCAAUCGGAACCGGUGAUGGAUGAGGAAAUAGCAUAUGUGGAAAACUAUAGCCAACAGAGUCCAUCGUCGCAGGGCCCUAAACAAUCGGCGUGGGGAACUGGUUCGGGGGCAACACGAAAGCUAUUUGGAGAUCAAGCGAGACAAGGCGUGUGGUACGUUGCCGAGUCCGAUUAUGAGGAUAUAGCGGAAGCGGUGAGACAGGAGGGUCUCGAUGCAGGCUUCGAGGGAGAAGGUGAUCCUAAGUGCCCUCCUGUCUAUUUUACAUCAGCGGAAGAGAGGAUGUUCAUCAGGGAAUGGAGGUCCGCUCUGGUGGUUAAAGCCUUAGGGCGCUCUGUCUCCUAUACGUUGAUGGCGAAACGGUUAAACAGUCUCUGGGCAAGGGCGGGAACGAUCCAGGUGACGUCAGCGAAAAAGGGAUAUUUUCUAGUUUGUUUCACCAGUGGCGUGGACUACGAGCGGGCGGUAACUGGCGGUCCCUGGAUGGUGGGGGAUAACUAUCUUACAGUCCACCAAUGGACCGAGGAUUUCAACCCGUAUGAGCACGAGAUAUCAUCAACAUUGGUUUGGGCUCGGUUGCUAGAAAUCCCAAUUCAGUACUUCCAUCCGGUAGCGGUGAUGAAAAUCGGGACACGAAUUGGAAAACCUAUUAGGGUGGACCAGGCAACGAGCACUGGGGCACGUAGUGACUAUGCACGAGUGUGUGUUCAGGUGGACUUAACCAAACCUCUGCUGUCUCAGUUUAUCCUACGAGGGAAAACUUAUUUUAUUCAAUACGAACGGUUGGAAAAUAUUUGUUUGCAGUGCGGUACGUACUAUGAACGUGGGCGAUGCUCAUGCAUGCAACCGGUGGUGGCUAUGGAGACAGAAACUGUCCCGGUGGAGACUGUCCCAGCGACCACGGAGAAAGCUCCCAUUUACGGUGAGUGGAUGAUAGCGAGGAAGAAGUCAUAUCCACGUAAAGAAGCGGCUGCCCGUAGUGUGGGGAAUGAUCGCUCUAAACCAACCAAUGGAGACGAGACUAGUGGAUCCCAAGGAGGAUCAAGGUUUACGGUCCUUGGUGAGGAAGAGAAUGAAUUUAGUAGUGAGAAGACCUUAGCUAAGGAGACCACCAAUGCAAGAGCAGUGAAGAGGGUGGCCACAGGGGAAAAAACGUGAAACCACAGGGGAAGGAGAAGAAUGGGGGGAGGAAUAUGACGGAGAGCUCUGACCGGAAUUUGAACAAAGCUUCGGAGAAGCAGCAAGUUGAGAAGGAGGCAAGCGGGGAAGUGUUGAGGAUAGGUGAACGGGUAGACAUCACUAUGAAAGAUACCAUUACCAGUAUGUGAUCAAGUAUCCAGACCACUUCAGAUACUACAGUUGCUAGGGAGCAGCCGCCAAGCGCGGGACAGCAGGGGGAUGGUAUUUCCUUAGACAUGUUGACGUCGGGUGUGCGUGGCCACUGGCCACCAAACACGUCCCCCGGAUGCCGUCGGACUGCACCGUCAGGAAACCAUCACCGAGAGUACAGUGGGAUCGAACUAGAGCUAACCGUCAUAUUGGUCAGUGGUUAACCGACACUGAACCAAUUAGUAUCCCUAAUAAAAAAUGGAGUAUUAUGUAUAAUGAACUUAAGCGGUCCGUUGGGGUGUGGGAGGGUACAUCAUAUGACUUAAUAGGAAUUACCUUAAAAACAAAUAUUUUUUCCUUUUUCGUUUAACCCAAGAUUUUCUAGUUGUUGAUUAGGGGGAAGGUUCAUUUUUCUAUAACUUACCUUAAAUUUUUUCUUUUCUUUUCCAGCGUACAGUUCUCCCCCCCCCCCCCCAAUCUCCAAACUAAUUAGUGGAUAUUAGUUAAUAUCCAAACUAAUUGCUAACCGAGCAGAUAAAAGACAGUUAACCAAUAAGGCUUAUUAGUUUGGUUAUAUGUAUGAGUUUUUUUCCUUAUUGGUUAACCGCUAACCGUCAUAUUGAUUAGUGGUUAACCGACACUGAACCAAUUAGUAUCCCUAAUAAAAAAUGGAGUAUUAUGUAUAAUGAACUUAAGCGGUCCGCUAGGGUGUGGGAGGGUACAUCAUAUGAUUCAAUAGGAAUUACCUUAAAAACAAAUAUUUUUCCUUUAACCCAAGAUUUUCUAGUUGUUGAUUAGGGAAGGUUCAUUUUUCUAUAACUUACCUUAAAUUUUUUCUUUUCUUUUCCCGGGUACAGUUCUCUCUCCCCCACCCACCCCCCCCCCCCCCCCCCCCCCCCAUCCAUGUUUUCAAACUGUCAAUUAGGCAAAAUUUCCCCUUUCACUAUGACUUUCGUUAAAGUUUUCUUUUUUUAUCCCACGUUUUUCCAGUAGAUUAGGCAUGUUUCCUCUUUCUCAAUUCAUAAGGGGAUAUAUUAAUGUACAUAUAUUCUAUGGUUAUUCCUUGAACGCUCAAAUUCAAGAUUUAUAACUAAUUUAAUAUCUUAUUAGUUGCAAAUUUUACAUGUCACUACUCAUUAAUUAGUGUAUAGACUUUGCUAUGACUAGAGAAAUUGGUUUAUUGGUAUAUACCAUAUCAGUCAUCCUAAUCUUUUGCCGAUGCGUAUAUUCGUAAGACAGACAAUAAAAACAUGAAAGAACAAAUACAAAAAAAGCGAACCAAACUAGUGAAUUUGAAAACACUUAUUACUUCUUCCCUCGUUCAAAUCAAUGUAGAAAAGCAAAAGACCAACACAAAUUAUUAUAAUGUACCGAAAUAAAGGUUCGAAACAACA